GGAGAGGAGCUGGGGGCCUGAUCCUGAUCCUGAUCCUGAUCCUGAUCCUGAUCCUGAUCCUGAUCGGGGGCCGGGGCCGGGGCCGGGGCCGGGGCGGCCGGGCCGGCGGCAGGCAGCCUGUGCUGCGAUGACCUAGCGUGCCUGAGGCCCAGCAGCCGCGGGGAUGGAGCUGAAGGUCUGGGUGGAUGGGAUCCAGAGGGUCGUCUGCGGCGUCUCGGAGCAAACCACCUGCCAAGAAGUGGUCAUCGCCCUGGCACGGGCCAUCGGUCAGACGGGCCGCUACGUGCUGGUGCAGAAGCUGCGGGAGAAGGAGCGGCAGCUCCUGCCGCUGGAGCGUCCCUUGGAGUCGCUGGCCAAGUGCGGGCAGUACGCCAACGACGUGCAGUUCGUCCUGCGGCGGACGGGCCCCAGCGUGGCCGAGCGGCCCUCCUCCGAGGGCGCCCCCCAAGCCCCCGAGAGGACGUUCAUCCGGGCCAGCUUGCCCAUCAAGCCCAGGCACGCCAGCGCGGAUGCACCCCGUUCCCAGGAGCCCAAAAAAUCCAUGACUUUCAACUUGGGUCCUACAGGCUCGGGUGACCUGUUCGCCGUGAGCCGCUGGAGGCACCAAGCGCGGGAAGGGGUGGACUUGGAGGGCGGCGGGGUGGUCCAGCCCUCCAAGGAGGAGCUGUUUCGGAGGGUGUUGAGGCAGCAGGAGCAGCUGCAUUCCUUGGAGGCCCAUGGGGACACCCUGGAGACGGACCUGCGGCUCUGGGAGCGCAGCCGGCUCGCCGGCCAGGAGGACGAGAUCCUCUACCUGGAGCACCUGGUGCGGAGGAACGAGACGGAGCUGGGAGAGGAGGAGUUCUGGCAGAGCGAGCUCCGGUUGGAGAAGGAGUGCGAGCGGGAGCGGCAGGAGCGGGUUAGGAGCCUGCGGGCCAGCCUGGAGGAGUACACCCAGAGGAUCUACGAGCUGAGCGCCCGGACCGAAGCCCUGCAGGAGGAGAUCCAGUGGGAGAUGGCCGAGAGGGCCAAGAGGGGGAAGGAGACCCCUGCACCCAGCCCCACAGAACUGGAGGACAUGGCCACCAAGAUGAAAAGGGACCUGGAGGCCAAGGUCAAGCAAGGCACCCAGCUGGAGAGCAACCUGGCCAGCGUGGAGAAGGCCCUGGAGGAAGCUGAAAGGAACCUGCAGGCCCAGACCCAAGAGCUGGAGGAGUUAAAUAAGGAGCUGAGGCAGUGUAAUUUGCAGCAGUUUAUUCAGCAGACGGGGGCCACGGUGACCGUCCUGCAGGCCAGGUCCGAGGAGGACGCCCAGCCGGAGCCGAGCCCCUGUGAGCUGCCAGCCUGCCGGAGAAACGGAGGUUUUCCUCCCGCUGCCAGCACAGACUCGCCUCUCCGGGCCAGCACCAAGCAGCUCCUCGGCCAUCCCAGGACCCUCCCGGAGCCCCUGGUGCCCAGCCUGAACCCCGAGGUCGUAUCAGCCAGGCAGAGCAUCUGGAGGUAGAAGGGCCUGGCCAGCGGAGGAGCAGCCUUGCAAGAGUAACUGUAUAAAUAAAC